GUACUUUCCUAUGGCUCGUUUAAAAACUGUUCAGUGCCGAGGGCUCAGAUGGACAGUGCAGUGCUGGAGAUAUGCAAAGGAACCAGGGGCUGGACAAGGAUGUGCUGAUAGUGUAUGGAGGCAGCUGAGGCCUGGUAUUGGGGUCUGGGCAGCAGCUGGGUGACAGCAGGCUGGCUGGCUGGGAGACCAUACUUCCCUUUCUGCUUUCUUAGACAUGGUCUGUUCAAUGUCUGCCCUGCCUUGUGCUUUCCUAUCAUAGCCAAUGACUGCAGAGAUUGUGCUGCCAGAGAGGAGUGUCCUUAACAGCCUCUUGGCCACCAUGUUUGGUCACAAGGUCUCCCAGAAUAGAACAGUUGAGACCUGAGCCUUACCCAGCCUGUGCCAGAAGUGAUGUGACACAUCCCACCUCCCCACAGGGCACUGGUGGGGCUGUACCUGGAACUUGUUUCUGUACCAGCAGCAGGUUCUGCCCCAGUUCCUGUGGGGGGUUCAGGCCCUGUGCCAUGGGUAGCAUCAAAGGAAGAGGUGGCAAGAACCAGGAGGCCAUUUGCACAUGGAAGGUGGAUGGUCCUGCCCAGGACUACUGGCAGGCCCUGAUGACAGGGGAUCAGGGGAUUGUGGCCAAGAUCCUCAGCAACCCUCAGAACAACCUGAGUCCUGAUGCUGUUUUUGACACCACUGACCUGGAAGAGUGGAAAAACUACUGCUUCAACAUCCGCCAGCUGAGACUAUGGUCUCUGGGCUACAAGCAGGAACUCACCACUCCUCUGCACAUCACAUCCAGCCGGGGCUACACAGAGUGCCUGCGGCUCCUGCUGCUCCGGGGAGCUGACCCUGACUUUGCACCGGGGGGCAAGACCGCCCUACAUGAGGCCUGUGCUGCUGCCACCACCGACUGUGCCCACCUGCUCCUCACCUUUGGCGCUGACCCUGAGGCAGUCUCUGAGGAUGGCUAUAAGCCCCUGCAUCUCUGCAAGAGCCCAGGCUCCAUCCAGUGUGUCCAGCAGCUGCUGCAGCAUGGUGCCAGUGUGAACAGUCAGACAGAGGAGGAGGGUGACACAGUGCUGCACAUCGCUGCGCGGCAUGGUCUGACAGACCACGUCCAGCUGCUCCUGCACCAUGGGGCAGAGCUGGAGGCAGAGAACAGGGAGGGCCAGACACCACUGAAUGCUGCCUGUGCUCAACCCCAUCCACCCCAGGACAUGGACCGCUACUACCGGGUCUGCCAGCUGCUGGUGGAGAGUGGUGCCAGCAUCAACACCUCGGACAGGGACCAGCAGCGCCCUCUGCACCUGGCCUGCAAGAACGCCAAUGCUCAAGUGGCAGAGUUACUGCUGGCUCGGGGUGCAAAUGUGAAUGUCAUGAGCUACAGUGGCAACACGGCACUGCACAACAUCCUGCAGACAGCUGCCUACAAGUUGGAGCACCACCCGGAGCUGGUGGUACAAGCCCUGCUCAACCAUGGGGCCGUCCGCAUCUGGCCUGGCGCCCUCCUCAAGGUGCUGCGGUACUGCCAUGCCUGCCCGCGGAUCAUCGAAGCCCUGAUCAACAGCUACGAUCGUGUCCAUGUCACUAAGGACUGGGUGGGAGCUGUCCCAGAGGAGGUUGUACAGAAAUACCCACAUUUCUACCAGUCUCUCUUCUUGCUGGAGCAGAGACCUCGCUCCUUGCAGCACCUGGCUCGCUGCACCAUCAGGACCUUCCUGGAGGGACGGUUGCUUCUGGUUCUGCCACAGCUGCACCUGCCAAGUGUCUUGCACCGUUUCCUGCUGCUCAGCUUUGAGGAUGUUCUCUACUAAGGGCUGUAAUUCCAGCCCUGCCUUUCCUUUCAGGGCAGAUCCAUGCAUGCCAGAGCAGUCUGUGCCUUCCCAGCUAACCCCUGUGCAUUGCCACUAUCUCCUCUAAGGCCACAUCAGCCCACCUGUGCCAAACCUGUAGCUGUUUCUCUUCCUUCUGCUCUACCUCCUGCACCUGUUCCGGAGCAUUUUGUUUACCCAUACUAACCAGAACAAUCUCUAGACUCCCUAAGAAAAGCAAGAUGUGGGGAUGAGGAGCAUGUACAAACUAUAUUGAUCAGUUUUAGUUGUAAGGUAUUAGUAUCCCUAUCCCAAACUCAAACCUGAACCAGGCAGCUGUGGUGCCCCAGGAAUUUGUUGGAAUUCCAUCUUUAGUCACUUCUAGACAGAAGUUUUCAACCUAUCUGCAGCCACUGGAUCUUACUCUGACCCUCUGUGCAGGCAAAGCACUGUCUGUUCCUCAUAUACCCUUCCUUGAGCUGAAAAAUCCCCUGCAUCAGCAUCUUCCCACAGGUUUCCUGGCUCCAAAUACCUGCUCAGCUCUUACUUGCUCUCUCCCAUUCCUCAGUAAAGAGCAUGACAUGCCAUAAGGGGUGGGCUAGUAAACCACAAUGGGAAUAAGGACAAAGCAGUCAGAGAAGCCUUUCCUUCAGAUGUCCAUCCCAACUGCUGAGCUCUGUAAAUUCCAUUUCAGGUACUUUUGAGUCAAAAGGGCAUAGUUGUAUUUAGCAGUCCUAGAUUUAUAUUUUUUUCUUCCAUAAAUCUGACCAGUCACUCCUUGGAGUUGCUUACAGUUUGUACCUGAAGGUGCUUGAAGAAACCCUAGUUUUUCUCUGUAUCUACCAGAGCCCAACUCUGCCUUGCCUUUAAGUCUGUCAUGACAGAGCUCACCCAUGUGAUAUGCCAUGCACAUUAGCAUGUGCUCUCUCAAUCCUGUACAUCUGUCUAGGAAAAUGUGUGGGGCCAAGGUCUCCCAUGCAAACAUUUCCCAUGCAGGUACAAUGUCUGGGGCUGUCUAGCUUUGCAUCUUGACCAGGACAGCAAUGCUCGUGCCAGCACUGUGGAGUUUGACAUGGGUUUUGCCCCAAGAACACUGUUCCCCUGGGCACAGAGCAGACAGCCCAGCCGGCAUCUCCCAGUGCUCAGCACAAGUCCACAUGCUGCUCCUGGGCUGCACCACACUCCAGAUAAGGUAAAGGGUACUGUUUGUUCAGCCAUUUGAAGAAAUGAAAGCACCAACCAUCAUUUAAAUAUUUGCUGUAAGCUGACUCCAUUCCUGCUUCUGACUUGAGGAGUGCCUGUGCUGCUACUGCCUGGUAGAGUGUGCAGGAGGGCUGCACCACAAGUUGUUCGCCUUGGUGCACUGGCCUUUCUAGGCCUCUGCUAAGGUCCACACCAGCAACAGGACACUUGACCAUGCAGAUCUGGAGACUGAGCAGUUUGACAAAUCCCACACUUCCGUCUUUUUCUGCUAGUGGGAGACAGUGGCAGUGUAUUUACACGUUACAGGCUUACAAAAGGUGUCAGGAAACUAGUAAAACUCUUGUGGCAGACAGUCUGUGUAGGUGCUACUAUUGCGAUGUUACAUCUCAGAAAGGUUUAAUAAUGUGCUUUAUGACAUCCAUGGGCAGAGAGGUGAGAUGUGGGCUCAAAGUGACAUACCAAGACAUCUGCAACAGGGAUGAAGGGAGCAAGGGAGUUAAAGUUUUUAACAUACCUGGAUAAUCAGUAGUGCAUUUUCCCAAAACCAGCGCAGGAACCCAGCGUGAAGUCACCACCUUCCUGCUGGCUGAGCUUGUGUGUCUGUUUGGGGGAUCCGUUGAUGGGACUGGGUGUCUUUGUCUCAUUCCCAAAUUCUAAUCACACUUUAAAGUGUUCAAUUUUAGCCCCAUGGUGCCUGUGGCUGGAGGAGGAACAGGUAAAGGAGUGUCUGUCCCUUUUGGUGGCAGCAGUGUCUGGGAAUGCCUCAGCCUGCAUGGAUCUGUGGUAGAAGGCAGUCUGCAGUGCAGCGCAUGUAGGGCUGCUUCACUGGCCCUUUUUUUCCAGCACAUGCCUGCAAUAACAUGUGCUAAGUAAUGUGUACUCAACCACUAAGACAGUAUGACCUAAAGGACAGGGAAGGAUUGUAUUUAAUGGUUUGCUUUAUUUUAUAAUUGUUUGUUGCAGCUGUUAGACUCAAAGCUGUGCCCCAGGCCUCACUGAUCACUUCUGCUGAUCCUGAAGUCUGCUCUGCAUGUGGGUGGUGAGGGCAGCUCAGGCUGAGAGCUGAACAUGCAGUGUUUUGUGUCUGUAAACACAUGUGGCAGGACAGCUCUGGGCAUGGCCCAUUCCUCUUUUGACGAAGGUGCCUUGGCAUAGGCAGGUCCUCUCAUGACCGACCCGUGCUGGGUCCACAGGUGAAUUUCCAGGGCUCCUUUCCAAGCUAAAAGGUUUGCAGGCAGGAAAUCUCAGAGUAAGUGGCGGGGCUAAGGGCAGCAUAUGCUGAGAGGAACAAUCCAUCCUGGGGCACAACUCUUCACAGAGCAGAUUUCAUCUGUGUUCCUACUGAAAUUGAAAUGCCAUGGUUUUGCUGUCUGUAAGAGGGAACCAUUUUCAAGGAAUAUGAGGACAAUAAGAAAAAUAGUUUUUUACAGAUUGACUGAUUUAACUGGUGGAAUAACAGAGAAGAAAAAAACUCACAAAAACCAA